AUGGAGAAGACAGGCAACACGUCACUUUCACACUCCCAAACUCAAGCAGACAGCGCCGAUCACUUUGCCUCCUGCAUCGAGUACCCCGUCCGUCCAAGCCGCAUGGAAGCCACCCUGUCCGUCACUAAUCCCGAGCAUCUCGAGACGCUCGAAAUCUCCGUCGACAGCGACCCAGAACUAAUGAAACAGCGAGUGGGCAAAACCACCUCAGACAUCUCAAUGCAGAACCAGAAGCAGAUAAACGAGGACGCCAAUGACGAGGAGAUUACUAAAAUACCGCUGGGAUCGUCCUCCACCACCCGCAGACUCGCCUACGCAGUGGCAUUGAGCAUGAUCUUGAUCACAUUCUACAGCUUCCCCAUGCACCACCAUUUCCACGGCCGCGGUGGUAAAAACGCGCGCUACGUAUGGUGGUGUGGCUGGCUUACAGCUAUCGCCACGGGCCUCGGUGCGUUGCCGUUCUACUGGAUCCGAGACAUGGAUAAAUUCUGGUUGGGCAUUUGCAAUGGCUUGGCUGCAGGCAUGAUGAUCGCAGCUACCGGUUGCUUGUUCUACGAAGGCUGGUACCUGCCACAAGCUACGGACUACGCAGUGUCUGUGAGCUACCGUCUGUUCUUAGGUGCUUUCCUCGGCGUGUUAUUCAUCAAGUUCACGAAGGUUUACCUGGAAGACUACGAGGACGUAUCGGUGUGCGGACUUAAAGGUCUGGAUGCACGCAAGGCUCUUCUGAUCAUGGCAGUGAUGACGCUGCACUCCGUGUCCGAAGGUAUCGGUGUCGGUGUGUCGUUCGGCGGUGAAGGUGGCAUCCGUCGUGGACACAUUGUCACUAUGACGAUGGCUAUCCACAAUAUCCCUGAAGGUGUGGCCAUCAGUCUGUCGCUUGUGCCUCGCGGGCUAAGCGUUUUCUAUGCUGUAUUAUGGUGUAUCAUUUCAAGCGCCCCACAGCCGAUUUUCGCUGUACCAGCCUUCCUGUUCGUGGAGCAAUGGCUUCCUAUCCUCCCAUGCGGUUUGGGUUUCGCUGGUGGUGCGAUGGCAUAUGUGGCAGUGCAAGAACUGCUCCCAGAGUCGCUGGAGGACACGAAAUCUGUACCUACGACGGUGGCGGCCACAGCGUUCGCGUUUAUCGUCUUCCUCACGAUCCAGAUCGCGCUUAGUGGCUCCAUCUAA